CGCGAGGUAUCUGAUGGUGGCAUUAUACUAUUCCUCGCGACUGAACGGUGAGCUGAAGAAAGUGGUCAGUAUAUUGUUGUCUUAUGUUUAUCGUUCUUUGGAAGUCGUGGGGUUGGUGUCACAUAGCAUUGCCAUCCUCUGCACCAUCUUCAGGCUUCUUUACAGAGGCUGGAUGCGUCACUUCUGGUGGGAAGAUACAUGGGCGGCAUUUGCACUCAUCGCAGACGGUAGAAUUUUCCUUCUACAUUGCCUUUAUCAACAAAUCGACCACAUCUGCUAGUUGUUUGCCUGACAUGUAUCUGGCUCGACAGAAGGGUAACUUCCUGGACCCUCACAGUAGCUUUCACCUCUGUCCUGUGGGCUGCGCGUAUGAGCAUCAUUUUCUCCAUCAUCCGCGUCGCCAACUACUCAGGCUCCAAGAUCCACAAACAGGUCACCUAUCUUAUUGCAGUUUCCUUCGCGUGCAUGUGGGCCGCAUCGGUCGCACAGAAGAUAAUCAUCUGUGAAUUCCAUUCCUGCUACAUGGGUGAGUCAGUGGCGGUCACGCUUCUGAUCACAGACGUAAUCGCGGAUGCGUCCCUCGUUGCCGCGCCGCUGUAUCUCUGGAAAAACGUAGGGUUCUCGCGUAGCAGAAAAAUAUUAGUCCUGUCUUCAUUCGGCGCAUCGCUUCUGAUCACUGCCAUCACAAUACCUCACUCUAUACUCCUCCUCGAGGUCCACACCACAACUACGCUCAUCUUCGCGCACGUCAAGACCGCCCUCAGUCUCAUCAUCUGUAACCUCCUGGUGAUCGUUACCUUCGCAUACCGCGUAUGCUUGAAGGAAACAUUCGAUCUCGACCAGUCCAGCGGAGUUUUCACGAGCGUCGUCAUGGCGCAGAUACCUUGUACCACGAACGGCGGGACGUCAUUCGCUGAAGAAGUGGAGACAAUGCGAAUAAAGAUGGAAGACACAAGUGUGCUGUACGCUGAAAAGGGCACUGGUGUUGAGAGAUAGCCAGAAACAUCGAAAGAUGGCGAGUAAUGAUUGAUCGCGAGGAAAGUGCCAAACGUGAUGGCAGCACACUCAUUUUCAACAUGAUGUCUGUAUUAUAUUAGUUGUGCUUGAUAUACCCAUGCCAGACUUGAUCAGGUGCCACCAUGAAUCAAAUUAUUUGCUCAUAUGUACACCUUAUAAUUAUGGGC